AUGGGUACCUGUUGUAGCACGACUGCGAAUGAGGAGUUGACGGAGUUGAAGACGGGCAAUAAGCCGAUUCCGGCGAUCCACCAACAGAAGUCUUCGUCUGCUACAUCGUUCCCGGCGGUAGAGAGCACUGUUGCAGUGUCUGAUGCUGGAAUCAAGGAGUUUGCGGCACAGGCAAGGGGUGGUGUGGACGUAGUGAUAAUGCUGUCAAACGGGUUAGGUUUAGAAGCCAGAAUGUCCUUGGAUGGCAGCCGGGUGGUUUUCUCACGAGGGCCCAAGUUGACCAAAAGCAUACCACUUAGCCACGUCGUUGACGUCAUGUGGGACCCUAGGGAUUACAAAAGAAUCAAGACUGACGCGAAACUUAAUGAUCACUGUGCAGCCCUCCUACUCAACGAUAAGACAUGCAUUGUCAUCUACUUUGACAGUCGCACACAGCGGGACGUCUUCGUAGCCGUCGCCCAACAGGUUCUCAGGAGAUCAUCUCACUAA